AUGACAUCGCGCACUCGAUCAAAAAGUCGAACAUACUAUUCUCAAGUUGGUGAUCAUUAUGUGGACAGCAAGAGCAAACAGCUACUUUUUCAAGAAGCUUCAACGUGCACAAUGGGAAGAACUAUGUUGAAGAGCGGAGAGGCGUUUGACCCAAAUGCAGCUGACAAUUUGAUAGAAAAACACUAUAAAAGAAGGAAGUCUCAUGGUUCUAUGUAUUGCUUGGUAGACAGAGUUAGAUUUCAAAAAAGUAGAGCUACGGGAUCUAGUUCAUACAGACCAGAUUUAACGUAUAGAGAAAUAAAACAUUUUUAUGAGCACAGAAGUCGACCAGAUUGCUUUACUCUAGGGGUAGAAGAUGAAAGAACUGGCAGACGUACAUAUGAGUCGUAUAAAUGUAAACGGCCCGAAGAUGUUGGUUUACUACGGAAUACAAUUAUCAAGGCUCAGCAAGACCCACAAUAUAUUCUGAGAGAUUCUGCACCUAUCCGUCAGAUAUCUGUGUCACCGACGUACUAUCAUGAGUCUCCACCUCGAAAUGGUCCAGUUACAGUUAUUACUGUCCCACGAGAGCAGAACAGAACAUACAUAGACUAUGAAAGGCAACCACGCACCCCUUCACCAGUGUAUGUAAGACCAGUAACUCGACAAGUCGUACGUCGUUCACCUACACCGGAGGAGGUUUACGUGUAUCGAAACAGUAGGCCAGUCAGUAUCGAACGCAAAUAUGAAAUAAGGGAGCGAAGUAGACCUCGUAGUGUUACCAGUUAUCGACCAACAUCUAGUCCAGGAGUUGUUGAUGAGGUUACCUAUCUGAAGGCAGAUAAUCAAACUGGAGCCCAAGUUACAUCUCAUGGUCCAAUAUACAUGUACGUGUCAAGAUGCAGAGUUGCGGAUGACAUAGUGUCAUCACCAGAUGUAGCAAGUUACCAACAGUCAAGAAGAAGCAUCUAUUAUGACAGAUAA